GCCCGCCCAGCUAGCUGCGCGCGCGCGCAUCUAAAUUAGCCCUGCCCCCUUUUUCUUACGUGUGUGUGUGGACACGUGUAUAUAUACGACGAAAAGCAACUUCCGCUGCUAGCUCAGCGGGUACACACCUCUCUGUCGGUGUGUAGGUAUCUGCCGUCGUUCUUAGCUCCAACUUGGUGAGCUGCCUCGCCUUUGCCGUACCAUCGGACGACCGAGGAAGAUGAGGAUGCGAUCAAAACUGAGGUUGUUGCUGGGCGUGUCUUCAGCAGUACUGCUAGUCUGCCUGCUACAUUUUCUACUUGCGGCACAAACCAGCCAACACUUGAACUCUCAAAUUGCUAUCAUUCCUCAGAAAAAUCAACAGCCAAGAUUCACUGGACGUGCUGUUCUUGGGGAAGAGAGCCGCACUAAGGAGGACAAUACCUCUAGACUGACUACAAACCAGCAACGAAGGCCCACACAAGUAACAGAGGAGCACUUAGUCAGAAAGCCACAACUUCAUGUAGAGUAUAAUGCAGGUCGAAACACUACUAGAAGGAAGUAUUUAAGACGCCCUCCAGAUAUUCCGGACGAGGCAAUGAUGGACAACGACUCUCCAUGCAAUUCAAUGCGGAAACAGGCUAGAAGGGCAGCCAUCAUAGACAGCAUAAACAAAGAGAAGAGCAGGCGGAGCGAUGUGGAGAGGAUGGAUGGUCAACCAGACGACCCCUACCUCCGACACAAUCGCCUUAAUGGCUACGGUCUUCUGAGUGAAAGAGACGUCGAAAGCAUCGAGGCAUUUGUCUUCUUUGUCGGGUGGCAGAGGAGCGGUCACAGCAUCAUUGGCAGUCUUCUCGACGGCCACCCUGAUGUGGUGAUAGCACACGAGUUCCUACUCUUCUCCCACCUUCACGAGUUCACGAAAAAGAGACAGAAUCAGAAGGUGUCCCGGAAGGUACUGUUCAACCAGCUUGUCGCCAACAGCUUUCGCAAUGCUCGGUACGGGGAGAGGUCCUUCUUUCGUAACGAGAAGGGAUACAACCUGAAACUGUCCGGGUCUUGGCAGGGCUGUUUUCGGAGCCUGCGAAUCUGGGGGACAAAGCUGCAGGUGAGGUGACAAACAUGUACAGAAAGAGCACCACGGAUUUCGUUCGUCACCUCAGCAGCCUCCGAUCGCUAGUAAACCUCCCACUGAAAGUCAUAAACGUGAUCCGGAACCCGUACGACAUGAUUGCAACACUCUCGCUCUACCGCGGGUCCCCCAUUGAAGACGUUAAGGUAAAUGCUUCAGUGGGACACAAGUACAGUAACCAGAAAGUCAUCCGCGGGGCAGCAGACACUAUACUUACAAAGGCCCACUACCUGCACAUGAUGUUAGGGGAGGACUACGAUUGGGAACUGAUUCAAAUCCACUCGGAGGACUUUAUCCGAGAUCCGACAGCAAUAAUGACAGAAAUCUGCAGUUUCCUUCAACUAACAUGCACCAAGGACUACCUCGCACAGUGCGCCGACAAGACCUUCAAGUCGACGUCGAAAUCCAGGGAAAUGAUUGAGUGGGACCCUGUAAUAAAGGCACAGGUUGAGAACUCCAUCCGCGAAAUCCCAUUUUUUAGGCGCUAUUCAUUUGACAGUGACUAGAGUUUUAAACCACUUCCCACAUUUUCACUUUUACUGCUCCACUUCUC